CAAAUGGGACUCGAUAUCUGGUUUGAGAUACUCCAUGUGAUAAAUUUGCUUGUUUUGGGUUUAAAAUUUCAAUUGUGAUUUAUUUUUGGGGGUCAACUAUGUCGCUAAUUUGCCGAAAUCUAGUUUUAGUGAGUCACAGACUUGCUUUAAACUUCUCAACUUCAUCUAAGCCUCCCAAAAAAGAGAUCCCAUUCGACACAUUACUCAGGCAAUCCUCGUUCAUGUCAUUGGGUGAUUUUGAGGGAAGAAUCAUUGCUGGAACAAUUUAUCACACAAUCGAAGACGAUUUAUACAUUGAUUUUGGUGGGAAAUUUCCAUGCAUAGUCAAAAGACCUUCUAACGGAAUACAAUUUGUUAAAGGAGCUAAAGUUAAAUUAAGGCUGAAUGACUGGGAAUUAAGUGCACGUUUUCUUGGUUCAAGUAAAGAUUUAACUCUAUUAGAAGCUGAUUGCACUUUACUCGGAUUGAUCUCAUCACCAGUUGAAGUGGCGAAAAAAUUACCAGCUAGUCCGAGUCAAUCUAGUGGUUCAACGAGUCAAAGUUCAAAUCAAUAGUUUAUCCCGAGGAAAUAAUUUAAGAUCACUAGUUGACAUUCAGGAUGGGACAGUUAACAAUUAGAUAAUUUUUAUGUAAAAGCUGGCUCUGAAUUAACAAAUAAACUAGUGUAAUGUGUAAUAA